GUCGUCUCUUUCGAGUUGCAGAAAACCUAACUGCACAAUCCCUACUCUCAAACGAGUCAAAUAUACUCUUGUUCAUUAUUUGAUCAUUCGAACGUCUGCCCUCUCCCUCAUAGUUUGCUAUCAUGGCUGAGUUGGCACCAGAAGGAUCACAAUUGGAUGCUCGUCAACAUGAUGCUGAGAUGAAUGAGUUACAUGGAACUGAUGGGCAAGAGAAUUUUACUUCUUAUGACGAAGUUUAUGCAAGCUUUGAUGCUAUGGGAUUGAAGGAGAAACUUCUGAGGGGCAUUAAUGCACCUGGUUUUGAGAAGCCCUCUGUAAUUCAGCAAAGGGUGAUUGAUCCUUUCUGCAAGGGAAUUGAUGUAAUUCAGCAAGCACAAUCUGGAAAGGGGAAAACUGCUACCUUUUGCUCUGGAAUUUUGCAGCAGCUUGAUUACAGCUUGGUUGAAUGUCAGGCACUGGUUCUUUCUCCCACUCGUGAACUUGCUCAACAAAUUGAGAAGGACGUGCGAGUACUUGGUGACUAUCCUGGUGUCAAGGUUCAUAAUUGUGUGGGUGGGACCAGUGUUCAUGAAGAUCAACGCAACCUCUCAAGCGAGGUUCAUAUAGUUGUCGGUACCCCUGAUCGUGUAAUUGACAUGCUGCGUGGACAAUCUUGGCGCCGUGAUUAUAUUAGGAUGUUUGUAUUAGAUGAGGCAUAUGAGAUGAUGCUCUCUCGAGGUUUCAAGGAUCGGAUCUAUGAUAUUUUUCAGCUGCUGCCAUCUAAGAUACAGGUUGGGGUUUUUUAUGCAUACGGUUUUGAGAAGCCCUCUGCAAUUCAGCAAAGUGCGAUGGUUCCUUUCUGCAAGGGAAUUGAUGUAAUUCAGCAAGCACAAUCUGAAUCUGGAAAAACUGCUACGAUUUGCUCUGGAAUUUUGCAGCAGCUUGAUUACAGCUUAGUUGAAUGUCAGGCACUGGUUCUUGCUCCCACCCGUGAACUUGCACAACAACUUGAGAAGGACAUGCGAGCACUUGGUGACUAUCUUGGUGUCAAGGUUCAUGCUUGUGUUGGUGGGACCAGUGUUCAUGAAGAUAAACGCAUCCUCUCAGGCGGGGUCCAUGUAGUUGUUGGUACCCCUGGUCGUGUAAUAGACAUGCUGCGUAGAAAAUCUUGGUGCCGUGAUUAUAUUAGGAUGCUUGUACUAGAUGAGGCAUAUGAGCUGAUGCUCUCUCGAGGUUUCAAGGAUCAGAUCAAUGAUAUUUUUCAGCUGCUGCCAUCUAAGAUGCAUGUUGGGGGUUUUUAUUCGUACGGUUGUGAGAAGCCCUCUGCAAUUCAGAAAAGGGGGAUUAUUCCUUUCUGCAAGGGAAUUGAUGUAAUUCAACAAGCACUAUCUGGAACUGAAAAAACUGCUAUGUUUUGCUCCGGAAUUUUGCGGCAGCUUGAUUACAGCUUAGUUGAAUGUCAGGCACUGGUUCUUGCUCCCACUCGUAAACUUGCACGACAAAUUGAGAAGGUCAUGCAAGCACUUGGUGACUAUCUUGGUGUCAAGGUUCAUGCUUGUGUGGGCGGGACCAGUGUUCGUGAACAACAACACAUCCUCUCGAAUGGGGUCCAUGUAGUUGUUGGUACCCCUCGUCGUGUAUUUGACAUGCUGCGUGGACAAUCUUUGCGCCCGAAUUAUAUUACAAUGUUUGUAUUGGAUGAGGCAUGUGAGACGAUGCUCUCUCGAGGUUUGAAGGAUCAGAUCUGUGAUAUUUUUCAGCUGCUGCCAUCAAACAUUCAGCUUGGGGUUUUAAAGCUGCCUGUUGUAGAAAGCUAUUAGCUUUUAGCUUUGGAUCUGAAGCUGUUCUUCUAUAUGCUUUGUUGUAAUAUAUGUGUUAGGAUGGUUAUGUAAAUUUUAAAAAUU